AUGAGCAAGCACCUUGGCUUCGAUUCAUCGUCUGCAGUACACCACGACUCGGCACAUCCGUCGAUCGUCACGCUUGCACCGUUUGAAGCUGCCAACAGAGGGACGCACUAUUCGAUGAACACCGGUUCUGGCAAACCGGAAUUGAACGACGUCUCCUUUCAGGGCAACCACUCGAGCGCUUACUCGCACGGAGCCCCCUACAAGAAGAGCGGUACCGAGGUUGAUCGCCACUCUAUGGCUCAGUCAACUGCGCAAAUGGAUCCGAACUUGACCGGGUCGCGUCGCCACGACGGCGGGCAGUCUGGGUACGGUGUCCGGCAAGACCAGGCCUACAGGCUCGACCUGCUGCAGACGGACCCUAAUUUGGAGUCUGGCGAAGGCGCGUCUGACCAAGACCAUGUGACACGCGCAUUCCCCUUUUUGUCCAACUCCAUCGGCACGCAAGAGUCUGACGGGCGGCAAGCCAUCUUCCCGCCCAACUUCUCGGGUGUCGCGCAUGAGGAUGCGUACAAAAAGGUGUCUGAGAGUGACGGUAUGCACGGCAUGACUGCGCCGCCGCCGCUUGGUGCGGAGAGUGGCGCGAGUAUGCACUCCAAGUCGCGGCGCGAUUCAUCGUACGAUUCAACGUCGGAGAAGAAGGAUACGCCGUACAGCCGCAGCCCCAGCUUGCGUGUGACGCACAAGAUCGCAGAGCGCAAGCGCCGAAAAGAAAUGAAGGAGCUCUUUGACGAGCUCAAGGAGUAUGUCCCGGUGGACCGCGGCCCAAAGACAAGCAAGGGCGACAUCCUCACCAAGGCUGUACUCCAAUUCCAAACGCUCCACCGCGAGCGCGAGCAUUUGAUCGAGGCGCUUGAAGCCGCGCACCACGAGCUGAACCAGCUCCGCCAAGUCGCCGGCGGCGAUGCAAGCGGCAACUUGCAAUCGCAUGUGUACCCUCAUUCGUCCAAUGCACAGUACCUCUCUCGUUCCUCGGAUGCGCGACUCCAUGGAGGCAUUGUCGGCGCACAGGACCAACACGUUGCGAUGAGCCGCGACAAGUCGGACGGUGCGCAAGUGGGCCUUGCGCAGCCCGGCACGCGCAACGAAUCCUUCCUCCUCGAUCGCCUACGGCAAGGGGACGAGGGCGUGCACCCUAGCUUCAAACAGCUGGACCAAAGCGCGGGCGUGCUGGACCAGUCGCUCGGCGCACCGCGCCCUUUUCAGCCCGAGUACCAGUCUGGGCUGGACCUGAACGCAUCGUCAGAGGCUGCCUCGCUUUCUGACCAGCGCACCGAUGCGUCGAGCCGCCAGCUACCUCGUGAGGGAGGUAGUGCUAUCAUGUCCGGGGCGAGUGUUGAAGGACCCACUAUGUAA